CACGUCGACACAUUCUAGUUAACGCGAAAUUUCACGCGGAAGCACGCGACGCAAGUGCAAACAUGUGCGAGGAACGGAAGAAACGGGAAGGCCUCUCGCGCGGCGAGACUACCCCACCCUCUCGAUAGGCGAUGACAGCCAAAAGCGCAAACAAACAAACAACCGAUUAAACAAGCGAGCAACAUACACGACGUGCAUCGUCUCGAACGUGUCGAGCGAGGAGAGAGAGAGAACGCUACCUCUCGUGGCGCGAUCAAACCCGAGUCUCGUCGUCGCGGGAUCCGCGAAAAUCAUCUCUAUGUUUACACUCGCGAGAUGUACGCGCGACUGCGGCCGACGACGCGCGAGAUAUUCGCGUAAUUCGACCGCCCUGCCGCAUUCCUCGACGAUAAAACCUGGAGAUUCGGAGAACAACAGACGAGGAUCGUCCGAGAAGCGCGACGACCACUUCCCCGAACGUUACGCGUACGUAUAUUCGUUCUACACCGCGCGCCACGGAAGCUCGUCAGGAGGAUCCGUUGGCGGCUGUCUCGGCGGCUCGAUGGUACCCUGGCCUCGCGCGAGGUCACCUGGAUGCCCAGGGACUGCCAAGGACCGUUGCACCGACCACUUCAGCAGCACUUCCAGCCUCCGGCGGAGAAGCUGCCGUCCCGUCUCGCGUAAACCUCCAAACACUACGGACAGGCAACUCUUACAAGAUGGCGGCCGAUGGUGCAGCGCCGCGUAAGGUCGAGUCGCGGAACUAUCAAGACUGCGCGCGCGCCUUUUAU